AAAUCCAGCAGCUUGAAGAGGCUUUGAGAGUCACAUCAGUGGAAACAUGUCAGACAAGCUCGUGUGUGUCGUUGAUUAUGAACUCCAAGCUAAAAGACUUUUACCAAAGUCAGUUUUUGAUUAUUAUUUCUCUGGAGCAGAUGAGCAGCAGACUUUAAGAGAUAAUGUAGCCGCGUUCUCAAGGUGGCGCAUUUACCCUCGUGUGCUCAGAGAUGUGUCCACAGUGGACAUGUCCUGUACAGUUCUGGGACAGAGAGUCAGUAUGCCCAUCUGUGUGGCGGCUACUGCCAUGCAGCGGAUGGCUCAUCCUGAUGGUGAAACAGCCACUGCUAGAGCUUGCCUGUCUGCUGACACAGGUAUGAUGUUGAGUUCAUGGGCAACCUCCACUAUAGAGGAAGUAGCGGCGGCCGCCCCUGGAGUCGUGCGCUGGAUGCAGCUGUACAUUUAUAAAGACCGGGCACUGACUCAGUCACUGGUCAGGAGAGCAGAGGACGCUGGGUAUAAGGGUAUCUUUGUCACAGUGGACACACCUUAUCUUGGCAGGCGACGCGAUGACGUGCGCAACCGAUUUAAGCUGCCCUCUCAUUUGAGGAUGGCCAAUUUUGAAUCCCCCGAUUUAGCGUUCUCCUCAAAAGAGGGUUACGGUGAGGACAGUGGCCUAGCGGUCUACGUGACUCAGGCGAUAGAUCCCACAGUGAAAUGGGAGGACAUCGCUUGGCUAAAAACAAUGACUUCUCUGCCCGUGGUGGUCAAAGGGGUUUUGAGAGCUGAAGAUGCCAAAGAAGCUCUGAAAUAUGGGGUGGAUGGAAUACUUGUGUCAAACCACGGAGCACGACAGCUUGACGGGGUUCCAGCCACCAUUGAUGCCUUGCCUGAAAUCGUGGAGGCCGUAGAGGGCAAGGUGGAAGUGUUCCUGGAUGGAGGGGUACGCACAGGCACAGAUGUGCUGAAAGCUCUGGCGCUGGGGGCUAAAGCUGUCUUUGUCGGGAGACCCGUCCUGUGGGCACUGGCCUGUGAGGGCGAUAAAGGUGUCAGUAAUAUGCUGCAUUUACUACGAGAGGAGCUACACCUUGCACUAGCGCUUACAGGAUGUUGCUCGCUGGAGGAAGUCGACAGAUCACUUUUGAGAAGAUCUGAACUCACUUCAAGGAUCUAAAGACGACUGCUUGCUACCAGUGAUUGGAGCAACUGCUAGUGCUAUUCAAAUGAACUCAGGACAGAUUUAAGCAUUAAGAAUAAAACAUGUCUAAAGUCAGUGAUUCAUGUCAAAUUUAAAAUAAAUGCAUGUUCAAAAGAAUUGUAAAAAUAUAUUAAAAGCACUCUUUUUUUUCCCAUCAGUUUCUAGUUUGUACAAACCUACCACACAUGACCACCAAUAAUCAUUCCUCAUUGCUUAAUGCAUGUAAUGUUCAGUAAUCUGGUCCAGUUUCCUCACUGUCUGAACACUGACAACAGACUAGAUAUUUAAAGGAAUAGUUCACCAGAAAAUGAAAAUAAUGUCACACUCUCCCUCAUGUUGUUCACGUCCUGUAUGGCCUUCUUCCUUGGAAUCCCAAAGCCACUCAUUCAAAGCCAUUGUUUGACUUCGGAAGACUUGGAAUAUAGAGAACAAGUCACGUGGACUACUUGUAUGGUGCUUAUUUGUCCUUUUUUUGGAGCAGGACAGCCUGUGGUCAGUGUGCACUGUCAUUACAUGGAAAAGUUUAGCUCAGAGAUUCUUCUAAGCAUUUGUGUUCCAUGGAAGUAAGAAAGUCAAAAUGGUUUGGAAUGACAUGAGGGUGAGUAAAUGAUGAAUUCUUGGACAAACUAACCCUUUAAAUCAAUGUAAACGGCAAUGUAACCAAUUCAAGCAAGUCACCGUUUCUCAAAGCAUUUGUUUUGCAGUACUAUUUUAUUUUCUAUUAUGUUAUGGAUUAGUAAAACUAUGAAUAAUAAAUGAAGAUUAGUGACUGUUGAUCAUGUUUUUAUUUUUCCUUAAGCAAGACCCAAUCGAUACAUGUUUAUGUUGUCUCGAUAAAGCAAGCAU